AUGACUAAUUCUAGCACCAAUUACGGAUAUUUAACUGAUAAUGAAAUACAAAUUUUACAACAAUGUCCUUACCAAUUAACUCUUUCGAUUGACGAAUUAACGAAAUCAAAACGCUUUGAUUUUGAUAAUCCACCACGACCACAAAACAGUUGGAUUAUUUUUCGAAAAGAUUAUGAAGCAAAUUUACGUUGUCGUAGCCCUGACAUAAAACAAGAAGUCAAACAUACGGCUCAAGUGUGUAGUUUGAAAUGGCGACAGCUAUCAAGCGAAGUUAAGCAUUACUUCAAAAUAUUGGAGAAAAUAGCUUGUGAGAAUCAUAAACGCAUAUAUCCUAAUUAUAAGUAUAAACCAAGAAACGCGAAAGAUUCAAACAUUAAGAAAUGGGUUUUUCGCGAGCAAAUAAAAUACACGUUACCUAUGUCCACCUCAAUGAGUGACAAUUUAUCUCAAGAAAUUGUUAGGUCUCCCUCUUUGAAUGAUACAUUAUCAACAAUCGAAUAUAAUAAUACUAUUAUCACCGCUUCAACAAUCAUUGAUGAUAUUCAUCCUUCCACAAUUAAUACUAAUAAUGAUGCCGGAAAUUCGGUAAACAACGCGUUUAAUGAAAUAAUUUCAUUGGAUCAAUUUCUUUUAUCUGGAAAUGUUGAUAUUAACGUGAAUAAUGCGGGUUCAGCAGCCAUUGAUGAUAUUCCUCCCACGAUCAAUACUAGUAAUGAUGUCGGAAAUUCAAUUACAUUGUAUCAAUUUCCUUUUUUAUCCGGAAAUUUUGAUAUUAACGUUAAUACUCAUGCGGAUUCAACAACCUUUGAUCAUCUUUCCAUCAAUACUGAUACUAAUAACGAUGUCGGAAAUUCGAUCGACAAUUCUUCACAACUAAACCAAAUUCGUCACCAACCACUGAUAUCACAGUUACCUUCUAUGAUCAAUGCUAAUUCCCCAACUCUACCUUCUACAAAUAACGGUUCUUUGUUAAUUAACGCCGGUAAAUUCGAUAAUGACAUAUUGGAAAUAAUUGCAAAGUAUUAUGACCUCGAUGAUAUGAAUGAUUAG